AUGGACAUCGAAGCUCGAGAAGUCGACCCACUCAUUCCGAAUUCAGAUACUCAUCGUAGAACUGGCAAAUUCUCCUCGGCUCCGAAUUUUACAUGUAUUGAGAUUGCCCUUCUUUUAAAUGUAUUUCUCUCGGGGUUUGAUGCCACCGUGACAGCGUCGACCUAUACCACUAUUGGAAACGAGUUUGGAACUGCUAGGUUUGCUUCGUGGAUAACCACCUCUUAUCUCAUAACUUCGACAGCGUUUCAGCCUCUCUAUGGCUCACUCUCUGAUGUUGUUGGAAGAAGGGUGUGUGUUUUCUUUGCCUUGUCUUUUUUUUUGGUGGGCUGUUUUGGAUGUUCUGUAGCCCCAACGUUUUUAUUUUUAAACAUAAUGAGAGGAAUAACAGGUAUUGGAGGAGGGGGGCUUCUAACCCUUGCAACAAUUAUUCAUUCAGAUAUUAUUUACCCUGAGAAAAGAGGAUUGUUUCAGGCGUUUCAGAAUUUGACUCUUGGAUUUGGCUCUAUUUGUGGUGCCUCAUUGGGAGGUUACAUAUCCAGCAUAGUGGGGUGGAGGUUUUGCUUCCUCUUGCAAUGUCCACUUACUGCGUUCAGUAUUUUAGUUGCCUAUUCUUAUGUUAAUAACCAACGAGGGUUCCAGGAGCUUCAUAUCAGCAAGCUUCUCACCAAAGUCGAUUUGAAGGGAGCUGUCUUGAUAUUCCUUGCAAUCUCGUCGCAGCUUCUUGUUCUCACGUUGGGAGGCAAUGAAUUAGCAUGGACCGACUACAGAUUGAUUGGACUUGGUUUUUUGAGCUUGCUUUUGACAUUGGUGUUUAUUGAUGCCGAAAACAAAACCACUGCUGUUCCAAUCAUCAAGUUACUGGACUACAAAGAUCUUUUCAGCAUCCUGCAACUUGCAAUCAAUUUCUUAAUAGGAUUGGCCGCCUUUGCCUAUCUUUUCACGCUUCCAUUGUUGUUCCAGCUUGAAUUUGGAGACACAGCAUCUGCGGCAGGCUUUCGCUUAAUGCUACCAGCACUUUCAACACCUAUUGGAGGAUUGUUAGCUGGUUUGUUAAUGGAGCGAUAUAAGCUACUCAGGAGCCUUGCAAUUUCUGGCAUUUUCACAAUGUUAGUCGGGAACCUGCUUAUUCUUACGGUUACUAACUCUACGAGAAAGUGGGUUUUGAAUUUUCUUCUCAUGCCUGCAAACUUAGGACAGGGACUUGCAUAUCCCAGUAGUCUCUUCACAUUCAUUUUUGCUCAUGGAAUUGAACAUCAAGCAUCCUCAACGGCUACAGUCUACGUGUUGAGAAGUAUAGGUGGAGUGUGGGGAGUUACUGGUUCGUCUCUCAUUAUACUGAAACUCACCCGUGCGAGAAUUUCAAGGCAUUUGAAAGAUUAUGGAUUGAAGCAUCGUGAAGUCAAGACCAUAGUGAAACGCAUCAGUCAAUCAAUUGCCUCUAUUCAGGAUCUACCUCCAGAUAUCAAGUCGCUAGUGUUGAAAGAUUACGUUUCUGCAAUCAAAGUGUCGUUUCUUAGCCUGUGUUCUCUUUUGCUUGGCACAGUUCGGCAAGAGAAAGCCACAGAUGCCACACGCCUAAACUAUGGCAUCGGUUCGUGCAUGCGAGCCGUUACAUAUCUUAAUUAG